AGGUUCGAGCAGCUAAUAUGUCGCUAGGGCUGUCCACUGUUUCUGCCGCCACUCCAUCGUCUGAGCGGAUUGCCUCGGGGGAGAGAGCACGAAAUGUGCGGCCGCCUGGCACAUGGUGGAAACAGAAACUUGCUCCUAUUGGCGAAUGGAUGAACGCGUCAGUGGGACUAGCAUUUACACGACAUGUACUACACAUUGGAGUCGGAGAGGAUAUUGCCGCAAAAAUGUGCACGACAAAGACCGAGAUGUUUAUGCAUCAUGUCAGGGUCGUUUUGAGAUACUGUGGUUGUCCGGUUCGCACUUGCUCUCUGAAAGUGGCGGGCCCUGCAUUCGGACAGGUGGCAUCAGCAUCUCUGUGUAGUCCUGAUGGCCAUAUGAUUGGUGGUGCAAUAGGUGGUAGUCUUAUUGCAGCAAACCCAGUGCAGAAGGACGUCGUUUCCACCAGCCCUCUAACUUGCUCCUCCUUAGUCGCCCGCUGCUGCCGCCCGCCACCGCAGCAGCAGAUUAGUUAAACUUAUCUUCAAAUUUUGCUCCAAUUUUUUCUUCCUUCACUUUUUCUCCUUUGUAUUCGAAGACGUUUCUCUUUCCUUUGAAGGUUUCGAGCAACUUCUCAAUGAUUUCGCCUCUGCCCUGUGAGCGGCGUUGAUGCUCGCCGACGCUAGAAGCGGCGAGCCCCUCUCGUGGUCGGCUAGCGCAGGGCGGUAGUGCAAGAGCUUUUGAGAUAGGCGGUGCCGGAGAUCGAGGUGAGAGGAGAAGUUGGCGCCAUCUCUCCUAUGAAAAACAAUUUAAUUAAAUAAAAUAAAAUCUGAGCUCGUUUUUUGUAAUGCCCCUCCGCCUCAUUUUCUCUCAAUUCCGAGCAACGGCGGCACUGAUUCAAGCUUUUAAUUUGACGUUAAGGGACGCGUUAUUAGCCGUCUAUAAGGGUAUGGCACCUAGGAACGAGUUUGUAUUUUGACAAUCAUUUGUGCACCAACAAAUUCCCUUGUUUCUAAGGGAGUGGACCCCACAGCACCCUCCGUAGACAA